AUCACUUACACUCAUGGUUGAAUCUACAAUAGUCAUAGACGCAUUUAAAUCACCAGAUGAUCUCUCUAAAUUAUCUACUAUUAAAAAUAAGCUAUCAAAAGAGAAAUCCCUGAUAGACACAAAACUAAAGUCAAACCUAGCACAACACUUGGAUCUAACUAGGGAUAGCUUGAGAAGCUUAUAUCACACACGCUCUUCCGUUAAGCAACUAACGAACAAUUCAAAUUCAACUAAUAAGGACUUCUCAAACAUCUCUCAAGUCGCAAUGAUUCAUCGCAAUUUCAACCAAGUCGAGGAAACUGUCAACAAUCUCCGUCAGAUGUACUCUAAAAUAUCAACCAUCGAGUCUUGGUUGGAUGCAGACAAGGAAGAUCCAAUGGGUUCAAACAAUUACCUCAUACCUAUACACUCAGAGUUAUCUCAAUUGGAAACUUUCAAAAACCACGCUCUGUAUCAGGCUAACGAGCUAGAUAAUCAAUCUAGAGAUACCCUUCUUAAACAUUUCCACAAGUUGAACGCCCUGAUUGAAGAGUUUCAACUACACUUACAAGAUUUAUCUAAACACAUCCUUGAUGUCGUUAGAUAUGGCGAUCAAUCAGUCGUUGAGAGGCUUGUACAAAUCGUUGAACAUGAACAACGUGAAGAUGAGAAAGUAACAUCACUCAAACUCGUCAUCCAAGCAAAUGAAGAUUCAAAAAAUGAUAGAUUUAAACAAAUGCAAGCUAAUUCACGUUCUAUAAAGAAUAUGAAACUUACUCUCAUCGAUAAUAUUAAAGAGAGCGUUGAUGAACUAUUCGACGCAGCUGAUGAACAACAUCAAGAUGAUAAUGCUGCAUUCUUGGAAACUCUCGAUUGGAUUUAUGAAGACUUUCAAGAUAUAACCGACAAAGUGCAAGUUCUCUUUCCGAACGACUUCAAUAUACAUCAGGUGUACAUAAUAGCUUAUCACACACGUCUAAAUCAGUCACUUAAGAGGAUACUAUCAAGUGAACCAGAAUCUGCAGUUCUAUUGACACUUUACAACUUUGUAAAGAACUAUGCAAAGCAGAUGGAAAAGUUAAACAUCCCACUAGAAUGGAUAAAUUCUCCACCGCUACUCGAUGGUAAAGAGCAAGAUCUUAUAGAAGAUUACGUACAAUUACUCACACGUAAACUUGACGAAUGGACCGUCAAUCUAAUGAAAGAUGAGAAGACAGAAUUUAGUCAACGUUCUCAACCACCUGAGAUAGACGGUGAUGGUUUAUGGGGAAUGCAAGGAGCAGUAAUAUUAUUCCAAAUGAUAAACUCUCAAGCAGAUUUAGCUGCAAAUAGUGGUCAAGGUGGUGUUCUCGCAAGGGUUAUAACUGAAUGUUCAAGAGUUAUUAGAUCAGUACAAGCCGAUUGGACUGAAAUUAUCAACUCUGAGUCUAUACAAAUGAAUAAGAAGCCUGAAUUUGUUGCAAACGGUUUAGGAGAAUACCUCAUCGCUCUUGCUAACGACCAAAUUAAAGCUGCUGACUUUACAGAAAGUUUACUCCAACGUACGGAAGUUAUGGUUAGUGAUAAAUACAAAACUGCUAUACAAAAACAACUUAAUGACGCCAUGGAUGGUAGUCUUGAUGUUGCGAGGAAGUGUAUUGAAAUUAUUGUUUCAAUUAUCUUCUCUGAUCUUAAACCUGCUAUUAAGGGCUUAUUCGGUAGUGCUUGGUUUGAGGAGUCCUUGGUAAUCCAGAUGCUGGAAACUAUGCGCGAUUAUCUCGAUGAUUGGUCAGAGUUUAUGAACGUCUCAUUGCGUGAGCUACUUGUUGAAAGUCUCAUGCACGAAUUCUUGGUUACGUACCUGCGCAUGCUCAAGAAAUGCUCCAAGAUUAAGGUUUUGCCAUUCGUUGAGCAAAUAAAAGCAGAUACCCUUGAAGCACACACUUUCUUCAAACGCUACCGUAAAGCUGGUGAUAUACAGGAUGAUCUUGAUAUUCUCGAAAGAGUUGUGUCUCUCUUAACGUCAUCAGAGUCAAUGAUUUAUCUUGAUUACUUCCCAUUCGCUAAACGUCACGGUCCAUGUUUGCAAUUCGUGCAAAGUCUCAUCAAAGCUCGCGACGAUCUCGAAAGACGUGAGUCAAAAGAUAUGAUAGAAACUAUAUAUAGGAAAGCAGAAGAGGAGCAAUUCCCUGAACCUGAUCCACCUACCAUCAUGAGUCGCAUUAAUUGAUUGUAUUAUGUAUUAUUAGAUAAUUAGAAUAGCAGCAAUAUUUUUCUUGCAUAUUUACUCCUUCGAUCACAUAAGGCAUGUCAUUUGCAACCGAGCUUUGAAGAUCAAAUAUUCGAUCAUAUGCUUUUAAAGUUAUGGAUACAUUCGUGAAUUGAAUCUAAAUGAAACAAAUUACGAAUUGAGACAUAAUUUGAGUGACACACGUGGUUAUUUUUAGUGUACUAGUCUAAAAUUAGUUCUAGAUAGAAUGGAAUGAGGGGUUAUGGUGUCAUAAGGCUGUGUGAUAAAUCUGUGUCAUAUCAAUAUGGAAAGACUACCAAAGAACUACGCUAAUAGUUCUUGAUGUUUUUAUUAUUUUGUCUCAAUUGCGCGGUUUUCUGGCAUCUCAGGAACGAAACCUAG